GGGGAAAUCUCGGACACUUGAAUACAUACAAUAUGACGUGUACGACGCAGUUUUGUAGUCUCGUCGUAAGCUUGAACAUAGAAGUUCUCGAUGACACCACGACCUUCGAUUACCCCCGCACCUCAGGCAGCACUUCUCCGAACUAUUUAAAGGGUCUCAGACGGUGUUAUUAUGUUAGAGUUAAUGGUCUAAGAGACCCGGCCUCGCCGAUGUUCUAAUAUAGCACAUACCUAACACUUAUGCCUGGCUUUAUCCAGAAUCCUCCUGCAGCGCCUCCCUCGACCCUCACCGGUCUCCCCUUGAUCCUCUGGAUGCCCCGUACAUCCUCUGCGACGCUCGGAUACCUCGCCGACCUCACCAGCAUCCCGUCCUGGCCAGGCUGCCAGACUUACCCUUGUGGAAACAAGCCGUGGCCAACGACGAGAAACACUGAAAAGACACGCGAAGCUAAACAGAACCACGUUCUGGAUUGCGGAUGACGACGACGACGGUAGGUACAAGCUAAGGAGAAGACGU